CACAGCGAUCUGCCAAAUUGUUUCAGAAUGUUUUAAGCUUACCUAGUUUCAUCUAAUCUUCUCUUGCAGGAGAACCCAUAUGUCUUCAAUUAGUUAAGCAAACCGAAUACAGGACUGCACUCAUUGACUCAGAGGGUUUAAAUGAUGGUCUCAGCCGGUAAGUACCAUCCUGCAUAUACCUGCUUAUCUCAGUCCAGGUGCAUGCUGGCAGCUGGACUGGCAUAGGAAUGCUGUCAAACCUUUCUUAACUGUUUGUCAAAUUCCCUAAAAGAGCCACAGGGCACUCACAGCAUAGGGCACCAUAACAGCAGGUGGAAGAUGUUAUGGGGCUUCCUUUAAAGGAACACUAAAGUGUUAGGAAUGCAGAACUCUAUUGAAUACAAAGGUCUAAAAGUUCUUGUAUUCACUUACCUGAUUCAAGAACCAAAGACCCUCGGUGCUGGACUGGGCUCCUCCUCCUCCAAUGCCAGUGUAACUCAGGAACUUAAUGAACAUGCGAGGUGAGUGCCGUGUGUAGCGGAAAGCUACUCCACAUUAGAUCCCAGUAAGGCUCAGGAACAAGUAUUAUAAAUCCAUAAGGUAAUAUUUCCAGCAGGCAAAACACUCCAACAAUAUCCCAACCUCAAUCCCAAUGACUGGACGACACACAGCAUCAGGAGCAGAACUCAACUUUUAAUCACAUCGUUUCCUUAUCAAGGUUUCUCCCAUGCAAGGGAGGGAUUUACAAUAAUUGGGACAGUAGCCAAUGGUACAGUAGUUACCUCCCCUCAGUGUGACACUUAAUCCACUUAUUUCUGUUACAGUUUUACCUGGUUUCUGGAUGUACCCCAAAACUGUGGGGUACAAGGGUCUAAGUGGCAUUCCCUGGUAGCCCUGAUCUGGGUGGCCAACAUACUCAAAAUUCACCCAGAUCAGACCAGGGAUUCGGGAGUUAUGGGGAAUAAACUAUUUGACCGACCGAACACGAGGUGGUAGCCGAAAAGGGUUCCAUGUGUUUUGGCCCUGCGGUCGGUCUCCGUUCGAGAGGUAAAACAUCCACAAAUCUUUGCCAUCCACUAUUAACAACGCAUUCGUAUGAAUCCCCUUGUUCGGUACGUUGAACUCACUGAACAAGGGACUAAUUGGCCCCUCCGUUCGGGAAUUAAGGAGCUCUGGAGGUCUCAGCGGGGUUGGGGUAAUUGAGGGUCCGAUUUGAGUUCCAGACACUCGACAACCAAACUCUGUUGAGAGUUUGUGCGUAAGAUGGCCGCCGCCACGUGUUCGCUUACCGAAUGGCGGCCACCCAGAUAUAGUAAUAAAGUACCGAUUGACUGCGAUUAGAGAAGUGUGAAAGCCUAAUGAGGUACACACUUCUCUCUGGGGUGGUCUAUUGAUUCGGUAGUUUUCAUUCGUAUGAAAUAUGGAUGGAAACUACCGAACAAACAUACGAAUCCUACAUACAAUUUCAAUUACACAGGAAAACAAACACACAAAUUGUCUUUUAAGCAUAAUCCUGGAGGACAGUUCAGUGCCAUCCGCUACACCGUGUGCGCAUUAGGUCUUCCUCAUAGGAAAGCAUUGAUACAAUUCUUUCUUAAGGGGUUUUUCAAGAUGCUGGACGUCCUCAUGAAAAGUGCGAGGACGUCCAGUGUCGUUUCACAGAGUUUGUAAAACUGCAAAGUUGUAUAUUGCACAGUUAAGGGGACAGAGUUACUGCACCCAGACCACUUCAAUGAGAUGAAGUGGUCUGGGUGCCUGUACUGUCCCUUUAAGCUGUGUGGUCCAGUGAAUUAUGGGAAGUAAUGCCAUUGCUGAUUCAGGAGGGUGACACGCCACUUCUUGAACCAUAACCACUUUGAGUGUUCCUAUAAUACAGUAUAUAAGCUAUAUAAAAUUCUUAAAACAAAGGGGAAAUAAAAGUCAAAGCAGGGUACCUCCUCUAUUGCUUGUUUGCUUGCUCCAGCUGUAUCAAUCAAUGUGUUAUCCAAAUCAAAAAACACUGCUUUAAUGCCAUUCAGAACCAUAUUUGUAAGUCAAGACAAGUGCACGAGAUCUGCUAGCGAAUGUCGUAGAUGCACACAGGUGCUCAUGCAAGAUCUGAAUUUAUAUUCCUCUGGAAUUAAAUUUGCUCACCUGUAAACAAAAAUCAACAGAUUAACAAUAAUACUCAUAUCUAAAGACUGUACCAAUAACGGCAUGUUAUAUAAUGUUACUUAAAGGGACACUAUAGUCACCUGAACAACUUUAGCUUAAUGAAGCAGUUUUGGUGUAUAGAACAUGCCCCUGUAGCCUCACUGCUCAAUCCUCUGCCAUUUAGGAGUUAAAUCCCUUUGUUUAUGAACCCUAGUCACACCUCCCUGCAUGUGACUUGCACAGCCUUCCAUAAACACUUCCUGUAAAGAGAGCCCUAUCUAGGCUUUCUUAAUUGAAAGUUCUGUUUAAUUAAGAUUUUCUUAUCCCCUGCUAUGUUAAUAGCUUGCUAGACCCUGCAAGAGCCUCCUGUAUGUGAUUAAAGUUCAAUUUAGAGAUUGAGAUACAAUUAUUUAAGGUAAAUUACAUCUGUUCCAAAGUGAAACCAUUUUUUUUUUCAUGCAGGCUCUGUCAAUCAUAACCAAAGUGAUUUAACUCCUAAAUGACAGUGAAUUGAGCAGUGAAAUUGCAGGGGAAUCAUCUAUACACUAAAACUGCUUUAUUUAGCUACAGUAAUUUAGGUGACUAUAGUGUUCCUUUAAAACUCUUUUUCCGAAGCAAGUGUUUUGUUUUUUUGCACUCUGGUUCACCAGAAAGGCUUACAUGCAUUUGCUGUUGAAAUACAUUGAACAUAUGUAAUUAUGGAUAAACUAUUACAGUAAUAUAUCCUAACUUGUUUUCUUCCAGCAGUAAAUUGCUUGUUGGGUAAAUUUGUAUUCUAGCAUUUCAAUAUUCAGACACAUUUUUCUAAGAAACAAACCUCUGAAAUAAAACAAUUACCAUCCCUCUCCUCAUUGUAGCUCUGUCACUUUAAUUUUGAUAGUAGGUAUGAUAUUUUUACAGCAGCAGUGCAACUUUAUAUCAGAUUUCCCCCUUAAAGGGUUACUCUAAACCACUUGAGUCCACUGCAUUGGUUAUUAUGCUAAAAGUAUCCCGGCACUGUUCCCUGGAAAUAGGGCAAUCGAUUUUGCAAUGGUUUGCCCUCUUAGGUGGUGGAGGUGGAGUUACAUGUCUGGCAGUAUAGGGGUUAAAAUCAGUAUGUGCAGCUUUUUAUAACAUGCUGUGAACACAGACUCCAAGCACCAUGACCACUUCGAAGUGGUCAUGAUGCUUGGAGUAACAAUUUUUUUUAAUAAAUUAGAAUUAUAUUGUUUUUCAACAAAUUAGUAAGUACGAGAAAGGGACAUACAGGUCCUCAGUUGUGACUAUGAAAAAUAAAGAAGGAGUUUUGUUAUUGGUGUAACCUUUUAAAGGACACGGUCAGUUUAUUGACUGUGCUUCCCAUAAUGCAAAGAAAAUUACAAAACAACACUCCUUGCAGAUGAUGAUGGGGUGCUGGUCAAUCAGAUACAUCAGCAACUAUUUUAAGAUACUGGCAAGGGGGGGAGGACAAAGUGUAAAUGUUGUUUUAUAGGACAGAAGUUUCACAAGCACAAAAACCAUUAAUUUGGUUUUUGAACUAUUUUACAUGUACUACCUUUGAAUCAAGGCAAUGAAGACUGACAUUUGUCACCCUAGGUUUUACGGGCCAGGUUUCCCAUCAUAUCAUGGCCGGUACAGAAAUAGAAGUAACUAAUAGUCUAAGAAUCUAGGGAAAUGUAGUCCACAUUAUGUAACUAGGCAUCAAAGGAGGGGAGCACCCAGUGUGCAGUUAGACAUCUAGAUUACGUAUUAAAGUGUUCGGUUUUGAAAAGUGGGCAGUCAUCAUGGAAACCCGGGGAACAGGCAGGCACAUUGCACUGGUGAUUAAGAUUCUGCUCCUUUUAAACAAACAGUCAUGAAUCCCCAGCAUGUGAACAUCUGCUAAAGUCACAGUGAAAAGGGUUUGCCAUCAUUGCCCAAUACUGGAUUCACAGACAUAACAAAUACCUAUCUAAGAAUUGAAUACAAUCUUCUGUUGAUAAAAAACAAGGUACAUAAUUAAGAAAAAAAGUCAUCAAUCCUGCAUUCGUAUUUUACAAAGAAUGUGUUGAACAUUAAUCCCCAUGUCAUGUAAAAUUGUCAACAUUUCAGAUUGACAACCAUGGGUUCUCCACUCGUAAUUUGUUACACUUUCCAUCUUUAUCAUUCAAUGAUUAUGCCAUCUAAGCAAAAUGAGGAACCUGGCGUACCAAAGCCGACACCUCAAAGAAACAAUGGGGAAAAAAAAGUUAUUUCUACCCAGAAGAUGCAAGCUAUAGAGGUUCCAAAAAUAUCCUCCUUGCAUUUCCAAGGGUACAAUCUAAAUGUGCUUAACUGUUCUUAACUGCUGUGCUGAUACACAAAACAAAAUCCCCAUGCUUUUCUGGUCUUUUUCACAGUGAGAAGACGCAAGCGUCCAUAGGAAAGCAUUGAGAAUGCUUUCCUGUGGACUGGCUGAAUGCGCGCAGGGCUCCUGCCGCGCGUUCGCAUUCAGCCGAUGACGGGGAAAGGAGAGUCCCCAGCGCAAGGUAAGGGAUUAACCCAUUCCUCACCCUAGAGCCCGGCAGGAGGGGGACCCAGAGGGUGAGGGGGACCCAAGGACCGUAUAGAGCCAGGAAAACGAGUAUGUUUUCCUGGCACUAUAGUGGUCCUUUAAAAAUUGGUCACUGUGUAAAUGCCAUGUACACAAUUUGGGUCCCUUUAUAAGAAAAGAAGUUAAGAUUCACUAAUCCAAAUUCACAUGGAAAUUACACACUGCACUCUCCUAAUGUCAUGAGCCUGGUCCAUGCUGUGUUUGUACCAAGCACACACUGCACUCUCCUAAUGCCAUGCGCCUGACACAUGCGGUGUCUGUGUGCAGUGCAGGGUCCCAGUACCCACCGUGCACUGCACUCUCCUAAUGCCAUGAGCCUGACCCAUGCUGUGUCUGUGUGCAGUGCCCCAGUACCCACCAUGCACUGCACUCUCCUAAUGCCAUGAGCCUGGUCCAUGCUGUGUCUGUGUGCAGUGCCCCAGUACCCACCAUGCACUGCACUCUCCUAAUGCCAUGAGCCUGACCCAGGCUGUGUCUGUGUGCAGUGCCCCAGUACCCACCAUGCACUGCACUCUCCUAAUGCCAUGAGCCUGACCCAGGCUGUGUCUGUGUGCAGUGUAGGGCCCCAGUACCCACCAUGCACUGCACUCUCCUAAUGCCAUGAGCUUGACCCAUGCUGUGUCUGUGUGCAGUGCCCCAGUACCCACCAUGCACUGCACUCUCCUAAUGCCAUGAGCCUGACCCAUGCUGUGUCUGUGUGCAGUGCCCCAGUACCCACCAUGCACUGCACUCUCCUAAUGCCAUGAGCCUGACCCAAGCUGUGUCUGUGUGCAGUGCCCCAGUACCCACCAUGCACUGCACUCUCCUAAUGCCAUGAGCCUGACCCAUGCUGUGUCUGUGUGCAGUGCCCCAGUACCCACCAUGCACUGCACUCUCCUAAUACCAGGAGCCUGACCCAGGCUGUGUCUGUGUGUAGUGCAGGGUCCCAGUACCCACCAGGCACUGCACUCUCCUAAUGCCAUGAGCCUGACCCAUGCUGUGUCUGUGUGCAGGGUCCCAGUACCCACCAUGCACUGCACUCUCCUAAUGCCAUGAGCCUGACCCAUGCUGUGUCUGUGUGCAGUGCCCCAGUACCCACCAUGCACUGCACUCUCCUAAUGCCAUGAGCCUGACCCAGGCUGUGUCUGUGUGCAGUGCCCCAGUACCCACCAUGCACUGCACUCUCCUAAUGCCAUGAGCCUGACCCAUGCUGUGUCUGUGUGCAGGGUCCCAGUACCCACCAUGCACUGCACUCUCCUAAUGCCAUGAGCCUGACCCAUGCUGUGUCUGUGUGCAGGGUCCCAGUACCCACCAUGCACUGCACUCUCCUAAUGCCAUGAGCCUGACCCAGGCUGUGUCUGUGUGCAGUGCCCCAGUACCCACCAUGCACUGCACUCUCCUAAUGCCAUGAGCCUGACCCAGGCUGUGUCUGUGUGCAGUGCCCCAGUACCCACCAUGCACUGCACUCUCCUAAUGCCAUGAGCCUGACCCAGGCUGUGUCUGUGUGCAGUGCCCCAGUACCCACCAUGCACUGCACUCUCCUAAUGCCAUGAGCCUGACCCAGGCUGUGUCUGUGUGCAGUGCCCCAGUACCCACCAUGCACUGCACUCUCCUAAUACCAGGAGCCUGACCCAGGCUGUGUCUGUGUGUAGUGCAGGGUCCCAGUACCCACCAGGCACUGCACUCUCCUAAUGCCAUGAGCCUGACCCAUGCUGUGUCUGUGUGCAGUGCCCCAGUACCCACCAUGCACUGCACUCUCCUAAUGCCAUGAGCCUGACCCAUGCUGUGUCUGUGUGCAGUGUAGGGCCCCAGUACCCACCAUGCACUGCACUCUCCUAAUGCCAUGAGCCUGACCCAUGCUGUGUCUGUGUGCAGUGCCCCAGUACCCACCAUGCACUGCACUCUCCUAAUGCCAUGAGCCUGACCCAAGCUGUGUCUGUGUGCAGUGCCCCAGUACCCACCAUGCACUGCACUCUCCUAAUGCCAUGAGCCUGACCCAUGCUGUGUCUGUGUGCAGUGCCCCAGUACCCACCAUGCACUGCACUCUCCUAAUGCCAUGAGCCUGACCCAUGCUGUGUCUGUGUGUAGUGCAGGGUCCCAGUACCCACCAUGCACUGCACUCUCCUAAUGCCAUGAGCCUGACCCAUGCUGUGUCUGUGUGCAGGGUCCCAGUACCCACCAUGCACUGCACUCUCCUAAUGCCAUGAGCCUGACCCAGGCUGUGUCUGUGUGCAGUGCCCCAGUACCCACCAUGCACUGCACUCUCCUAAUGCCAUGAGCCUGACCCAGGCUGUGUCUGUGUGCAGUGCCCCAGUACCCACCAUGCACUGCACUCUCCUAAUACCAUGAGCCUGACCCAGGCUGUGUCUGUGUGCAGUGCCCCAGUACCCACCACACACUGUAAGCCGACUGCACUCUCUACCCCGGAAGUACUGACACGACGACCGGACGUGCAUCAUGCAGCCAUGUGCGUGUGUCUUGCCUCUUCCUGGCUGCUGCCCAUGUGAGUGCUCUGGCAGCGUGUACCCAGCUGUGUGCUCCGCCGGCAGGACCCAGCGCCAUGGACAGUGCCAAGAAGUGGCUCAAUCUGCCCAGGCAGCCGAGUCUGAAGAACCUGACGGAGCCUGGCUAUGGGCUGCCCGCAGAGAGGCAGCACCCAGCGCUGCAGGAGCUCACCAGGGCUCACAUUGACUCCUUCAACCAAGCUAUGACAGAGGGGCUGAGUCAGGCAAUACAGGUGGGGAGCACGGGGUUACAUUAACAUGUCUUAUUCCUGUGCCAAGCUGCACAACAUCUCAUACACUGAAGUCUAAUAAUGAUAUAUUAAUUAUAAUCAGAAAUCAAUGCAAUCUGUAGUGUGGAUUUUUAUCUACUGCCGUAAUUGAAAGCUUUGUAGAAAGGGGAAUAAAAAGACCACACAUGGGGUAAGAAUAGGGACCAUAAAACAUUAAAUGGUUGUGUAUAAAACGUGUCACUUUUUUUCCUUAAGUUGAUUUUCCUUUUUUUUGCAUUUGUUUUUUUUAUUUGCCUAUUUCCAUCUUUUUUUUUUCUUCAAAAAUCUGUUACUUUAUUGUGUAUAGCCGAGGUGCUAAAGUUCACCUUUUCUUUCUGACAUUUUCUGCCACUCUGUAACAUAUUCCUUCAUAUGAAAAGUGCCAAAUUGGCAAAAUCAUAAAAAUGAAUGACACUUUUUACCUACAACCCCUCUUAUUUCCUAUUAAUCAAAUGUCUUUAUUUUUGGUUUAGUGCUGAAAGGGUUACUCCAACCUCUGUGAUCACUUAUACUUUUAGAAGUGGUCAUGGAGCAAGGGAUCUAUCUGUGCAUUGCUCCUACACUCUGAGCCAGUCAGAUUGGUCCAAUGAAUGCUACCAGAAGCAUUUGAUUGUACCUCUGAGAAAUUAGGGGGAUUCCAGGUAAGCUUAAAACCAAUUUUUUAAAAAAGUUUUAACUCUAAAUAAGGAGGGGUAGGGACUAAGUUACUAGUGUCCAUUAGGACAUAGUAAAUUAAAGCAGAUCUGUCACCAAACAGCUAUCACUUCAGGUAAAACAUCCUCCAAUGAGCACACUACUGUUUGUGUGUCACAUGCCAAAUGUGGCUUACUGUGAGCGACCAGUGAAAACAAAAUGAUUCUCUUGCAACGUGAGUGAAUUACAUACAUAUGUUGACAGUGUCAAUGCUAAAUCAACUAUUUUAAUUUUCUUUGUUUCUUCUUAGGCUAUGAAACCACUAGAGUUCGCUUUUAAAAAUGAUCAAGUCUCAUUUUCCAUUGUGGAUGCGUCUAUAACCCCUCCUAUGGUUCCAAAAGGAAACAUCUGUAAAGAACAUAGGAUUUACCCAGCAGAAUGCAGAGGACGCAGAAGCACGUAUCGAGGAAAGUUAACUGUAAGGCAUUUAUUUAUAUUGCUUAUUAAAUACAUUUGUGCACUCCUGGGAGAAAAAAUGUAUAUUGUCUGACCGUUGCUUCUUCACUACCUAGGAAUUGGCAGAAAUGGGAAAUCUGUGUUACAAUUGUAAUUGGCAUUAUUAAUGGAAGUAAAUAACCAAAUUUUAUUUUUAGCUAAACUGUCACAUGUCCAGUAUCUAAUCUCACACCUUUUUUGUUAAUGCUGUACUCUUUUAUAAUUGACUUUUAAAGAGAUUACCGUAUAUAAUUCCUAAGCAAUGUAGUCCUCAAUAUUAUAUUGGCAAGUCCAUCCCUUAAGUUUAUCACUCUUCUUGAUGCCUUUUGCAAACUGAUCUGUAGAUUUUUAACGGAAUGUUUGCAAGAUCUACAGUUCAUUGUGAAUUUUAUUUUUGGAUCUAGAACAUUGCAUCACAAUCCAGAUGUUUUAAGCAAAUGUAACUCAUUAAGCUGUUUGAAAAAGGGAAAUAUGCUUAUUUCAACCAGAUUUUCCUCCAGUCUAGUUGUCAAUAGAAAUCAGCUGAUUCUCUCAAUUAGUUGUCUAAUGGUCAGCUAUUCAAAAUCAAAGUGCAAACAAUUUCCCUUUUUCUGGCUGAUUUAAUUCGCCUGAUGCAGACCAGAGAAUCUGCAUCUAUACGCUGUGCACUCUCUAAGUCUUCAGAAAGCUGCCCCAAUGCUGUUUGACUUGUGUCACUGAGCAAUAUAAUAUGUGCGUUCUGCCAUUUAACCUCAUACAGCAGACACGACAGUGGCUUUUUUGAUGAUUGUUUAAUAUAAACUGAUAGCAACCUAAAAAAAAGAUUAUUAAUAUAUAAUUUGGGGUGAGACAGUUUAUGUGAAGAAAUAUCUAAAAUUAGCAGGAGUUUGAAUAACUAUUAUUGCUACAUGCUCUGUGUUUAUUUUGAUGCAAACUAAAAUGUCAAUAUAUAUGAUGAUACUUCAUAUCAAAUACAUCAUAUUUUUACAGUGUGUUGUUCCACCAGAGUAGUACUAAAAAACUUGUUCUAAUAUAUACUUGGUAAUAUUAAAAACAGGCUGCUCGUAAAAUGUUAAUUUAAUAUACCCAAUCAUAAUCCUACUGAAGUCAAGAGAAAAAUAACAAAUACAGCCACCGUAUUGUCUAUAACUUGUCUAUACUUUUAUUUAUUGCGCUUUUUAAAUUAAAUAUAAAUAAUAAAAAAAUGUCCUGCUUUCGCUAUCUUUUCAUUACAGGCAGACAUAAGCUGGUCUUUAAAUGGAGUCCCGAAGGGUGUUAUCAAACAAUCACUUGGUCAUGUUCCUAUAAUGGUGAAAUCAAAGCUCUGCAAUUUAUAUGGCUUGUCACCAAAACAACUUAUUGAACAUCAUGAGGAAGAGCAGGUAAAGAAAAUGAUUACCUAUAUAUAAACACCUAUAUGUACAUAUUCUACAAUAAGAUAGGCAACCAAUCUAGAUGAUACAGGUAGCCCUUCGCAUGACUUUCAAAAGUAUAAUGCAGUAAGUCAACACUUAAAUCCCCACAUUCACAAAUAGGAACCAAUCUCAUAGUAAACAGUUGUGCAAACCUUAUCUAAAACAUUUAGAUGAAUGAGUCUUUAGUAUAAUAUAGAAAGUAGUAAUUUGUAAUGUCAAAAUCACUCCAUUUAUGCAUAAAAAGCCAGCAUAGUGUUUGCGUGUAUAUCCCUUUCUGAAGGGAGUUAAAGUAAAACUAUAGCUGUAGAAAUGAAAACAUGUAUUCCUAAUGCUUUAGUGUUACCCUACCUAUUUAGAUUUCUGACCUCCGUGAGGAUAAAGGGUAAGUUUUACUUACCUUAUAUGGUAGCGAGCUGGUCUCUCUGUGGCCGUCUUGCCACUUCGUCUGAGAUGCCUCCCAUAGGGAAUCAUUAGGAGGCUAGUUUGCUCUCUAUGAGUAAAAUUUGAUUGAAUAACAGAGUCUAACUUCGUUAUUGCAUGAGACACGCCUCUACUGACUGUCAGGAAGACAGCCUCUGGAGUUGUGUUAACCCAUUUCUGUGUUGGAAUGGAAGCUUUUUUUUUUUCUUUUUCUUCAAAAGCUUAGAAAUGGUUUUGUAUGCCGGUUACUUUUAACUUGACAUUUAAACAUAUUCAAAACACUAUUGUGACUACUUUUGUUGUAAAUUAGAUGUGAUAUGUAUUUGUAUAUAUAGUGGAUAUCCUUUAGCAUGAUAGUUUACUAACUUGUUUACCUGUGAUCAGAGAAUUAUUUUUUUUGUUUGUUCACUAGGAAAUGGGUGGUUAUUUCAUAAUAAAUGGGAUAGAGAAAGUUAUUCGAAUGCUGAUCAUGCCUCGGAGGAAUUUUCCCAUUGCAAUGAGUCGCCCUAAGUGGAAAAACAGAGGACCUGGUUACACGCAAUAUGGUAAUUAAUGUUACAUUUUGUUUUCUCUGCAAGUGUAAUGUCAUGUUUAACUAAAAUAUUAGUAGUAACUGAAAGCGCAUAUACUUUUCUCUGCUGUAAAAUCUGUUGGUGAGAACUUUUUUGUAAAUUAUGAUCUUUGGAUUGUAAUAAAAAAAAAAAAAAAGGAUGCUUCUGAAAUCUGUUGUAGGUGGCUAGCUUUCUUCUACCUCAAAUGGAAAAUAUGAUCUCUUUACCAAUUAAUUGUAAUAUGCAGGGGUAUAAUUACUAUACUGAAAUUUGGAGUAGUGACAAGGGAAUUUUACAUCUUAAAAUUGUAACUCUUUAAAAAAAAAAUGAUCCAUCUAAGCUCUUUUGGUCUGAAAUGUGCAAUUCUAAUGUUAUUUCUCCUAAAUUUCCAGUUUAGGGAAUCAGCCCUAUGUCAACAAGACUGUUGUUGAGGUGAUUCUAGACUAGACCAUUAAACAAAAAAGCAACGAUUACUAUAUAAGUUUAUUUAAAUGAAAACAAUUUACUUUAAAGAGACUGUGUCACUUCUGAGAUUUUUUAUAGUUUUUUUUCAGCAAAGGCUAUCGGUCUCUCACUAUUGCCAAGCAGUUCUAGGGAAGAAACAGGACUGGUUCCUUGACAAUAACUGAAGAAAAGCUGUGGAAUAGGUAGCUAGGAGACAGAGAGCAUCUAGAACAUGACACAUUUGAAGUAUACUUAAUUUAGUAAAGUCAAAUUUAUGGAAAUAAAUGAUCUUUGCAGCCAAAAGAGGAUGAAAAAAUAAAUAAAUUUUAUGCAUUACAUAUUUUUGUAGAAUCUAUUGUAAAAAAUUUUUUUAUCAUGAAGUUAAUUCCAUUUUGAAUUCCAUUUCAAGGUAUAACUGUACGUUGUGUGCAAGAUGAACAUACAGCUGUUAAUAUGAACCUUCACUAUCUGGAAAAUGGCUCAAUCAUGGUGAAUUUCAUCUAUCAUAAAGAACUUUUCUUCAUCCCACUUGGAUUCGCAUUAAAGGUUAGUCUUGCAUUUAGAGAACAUUUAGGUGUUUUAAUUCCUUAAACUGGGGGCAACUUGUCUCCUUUGCAAAUUGAAUGAGCUGACAUUGGCAGUCCUAGCUUGAAUCUCAAAGAAAAAACAUGAAAUAUAUACAGAAACGGCAAGAUCUAAAAUACUGAUCUAAGCCUACAAAUUAUCCACGUGGUGGGUGUGUGUUUAUAUAUUGGCUUGAGUGUAUUAAAUAUGUAUCCAAAAAAAAAAAAAAAACCACACAUGGGAUGGACGGCAGCAUUGCAACAUAGCUGUGUAAUACCAAAAAAAACAUCAAAACAAGUACUGAGCUUAUACUCCCACUACUCUUGGGCGGCAGCAACGACCAUAGUACACAUCAGUACCAAUACAUACAGUAAAAACCAAAGGAAAAAAGUUACCGGCAUUUGUUUAAAAAUACAUAGGGAUUUGGGAGAGAGCACAGGUAACUUUUUUUUUUUUUUUUCUUUGGAUUUUACUGUAUUUAUUGGGGCUGAUGUGUACUAUGGUCAUUGCUGCCGCACUGCAGUAGUGGGAGUUUGAGCUCAGGGCUUGUUUUUUUUUUUUUUUUUUUAAUUCACUUUUGUAUCACACAGCCAUGUUGCAGUGCUGCCUCCCAUCCGAUGUGUUCCCUAUUUAGGGUUAAUAAGUAUGUAGGGGUGGAUAUAAAAAAUGCCCUUCUCUGUCUCAUUAGAGAUAUCUUUGCCAGAAGCUCAAGGAAGCAAGAUGAAUGGUUAGUGUAGGACCCACCUGAGAGGUUUACCUUGACGUGGCAGGUGGGCAUUCCCUCCAAUGGCCAUUGGAGUAAUUAAAUGACCUCCAUUUGUUUAAAUAUACAUAGGGAUUUGGGAGAGAGCGCAGGUAAUUUUUCUUAUUUUUACUAUUUAAUAUGUAUGCAUAUCAUCAGUAACCUUUCUAUAGGCUCCAGUAUAAGAACAGGGACUGGCUGACAUCUCUCUACCAUUUUCUGGUUGUAUAAGAUGUCACAGAGGAACUUUUUUUUGCAAUGCAUUUUCAGUAUAAUUAUAAAUAUUGCUUUGCAAAAUCUACCUUUUUUAAAGUUCUAUUUAUUCAUAUAGGUUUUCGCUAAGCAGGCGUGUAUAUACCUUGUUCAUUGCGUCCUCACAGUUGAGAUAAUGUGCUGUUCAGUAACUUCUCUGAAUCCUUCAUAAUCAAAAUAUAUUUAUGAUUUUACCCAUACUCUCAUUUUAGGCAUUGGUUGACUAUACAGAUUAUCAGAUUUUCUCUGAGUUGAUUAAAGGCAAAGAAGACAAUUCCUUCUACAGGGACUGUGUCACUCAGAUGCUCAGAGUGGUAAUGGAAGAAGGUUGCCAUAGUCACAAAAAAGUUCUUCAAUAUCUAGGGGAACGUUUCCGGGUGAAAUUUUACCUUCCCGAAUGGUAUACAGAUGAACAGGCUGCAGAGUUCCUACUGAAGUAAGUUCUCUAUUUACAGAUACAGUAAGCGUGUGGAUCUGGAUUUCUAUUUCAGAAUAUGUAGAGAGGCUUCAAAUUCAUUGCUGUUUUAAAGAAACCUCAACAGGUAGUUAACAAAUCUAUUUGUAUUGUAAAAGCAAAAGUGUGUGUUUCUCUUACCUUGCUGAUGCGGAUAAGAAUAAGGUUCUGUAGUUGACACACAACAGGAGAGCAUGACGGUAACACCAGUUCUAACUUGAUAUCUUUAAUAUGCUUACCAUACAUAUUUUUUUUUUAUUUUUUUUCUACAUUUGUAAGUUUAUUGGUAUUUUUCAAUAACAUUGGAAUGGCGUACAGUGUACAAAUAUGAGGUGUAACAUAUCCAUUUCCAUGUAGUAUCUUCUGUUAGUAUAUUUACAUACCAUGUAAUGGGUUCACAUAAGUAAACAUUUCUUUUUCUGGUACCACCUGCAGUGGGUAUCUACUAAAAGUACCAGUUGUUGCCUCUGAAUUACAAAAUGUUUUAAUGUAUUUUUCUAAGAUCCCGGGUAAUUGUACAUACCACUAAUGGUUUUAAAUAUUCAAAAGUUUCCAUGAAGUUUCAAUAAAUUUCCACAGCCAUGGCAUGCUGUAUUUGAUACUUAUUUGGUUUUAAGUCCAAAUUUAAGGGACAUGCAUCACUUGACAAUUUUUUUCAAACCAGCAAGCAAACACUUUUGAACAAAUAUACAAACCAAAAUAAAGCAAGAAAAACUUUGAAAAGCUUGUAAACAACAUUUAUAAACUUGAUCAGAUUGCCAUGUUGGGCAUGCCUCUUGGCUAAAGGAGUUUUGUCAACCUGUACCCCCAUUACCAUUCCACUAAUGACAGAAACAGGGCAUCAUUGUGCAGCAACAGCAGGAAGAAACCUGAUACUGGAGCCUGCCCUGCAUGAAUCACACUAAUCAGAUUCCUUCAAUUCUCCCCCUAUCAGUAUGUUUGCAAGGUGAAGAGAUCCUUCACCUGCACAUGUAAAGCAUGCAAAAUGCAAUUUUCCCGCAAUAUCGGGGAUAGGACACUGAUUGGUUAGGUCAGUGUCCCCUUGCAGUGGCUGUAAAAAGCAUAAAUAAGAAGCUGAUAUAUAUGGAAACACAAUCAUACGUUCUUGCUUUUUUUUAGCUUGGUGAGUGAAGCAACCGUCUCAUGCAUGUCCCUUUAAGGCUUACUUUUGACAGAAAUGCUAGUGUGUAUUGUUUUUGAGGAUUCUAGUAUUAUCACUUAUGUGUCAAGCAGGGGAUUAUGAGAUAAGUAGUUUAGCCCUAAAGAGCAGCUGAAAUCACCACAUAGGAUGAUAUGAACUGAAUUUUAAACUGACAACAGCCAAACUGUGGUUGCUAUCAGUUUAUAUACAGCCUGCUUUAUUGUUCAUUGAACUAGGUAGUGUUUUAUCAUCUGCGAGGCCGCAGACCAUGCACCUGCAGUCCAUUACCUGGCUCUCGCUACUGGAUGAGGAGAGCGAAUCUUGCCUAUAGCACAUGCCAUAUCUGGAAGCACAAAUAGAGUACAGUACAUGUAAGCAAAUCAGAGAUUUAUCAAAGUGAUGCUGACCCUUUUUUGUCAGAUUAUUUAAUUUGUUGCUUUUUCCUGCUCUAACUGUAACAUUUGCAAAUGUGCCAUUCUCUCCCUUCCCCCAUGCAAUGGAUUCAAGAACAGAAAAGUUGCAGAAUUUUUCUGCCACUAUAAAUUUGUCAGUCUCCUGAAAUGGAAAUUUCUGUGAAAACUGUCAGAAUUUACUAUAAAGAAAACUGUUACUUUUUAGAUCACUUUAAUAAAUAUUAUUAGCAUUGACAGAAUGACUUUUUAGAACACCCUGAAAAAUAUCCCCCAAUGUGUUCCAAACUGCUCAACUGUCAUCCCCCAUGGGCUGUCUUCUGCACCAGAUAUUUUUACAGUUUUGCUGUUUAGUGCUCUAAGCAAUGAUAUAUAACGUAAAGCCAUGUAGUAAUCAUUGAUUACUUUACAAUAGUUUUUUUUAUUAACAUCCUAUAUUUAUUUUCCUCCUUGUCCCUUCUUUUCAGCCAGUGCAUUUGUAUUCAUCUUAAUUCCAACAUUGACAAGUUUUACAUGCUUUGCCAAAUGACGAGGAAACUAUUCACUUUUGCCAAGGAAGGAUGUACGGAGGAGAACCCAGACAGCCUCAUGAAUCAGGAAGUUUUAACACCUGGGCAACUUCUACUAAUGUUUCUAAAGGUUAGUAAUAUUGACUUGUUCAUCAUUUCUAUUCUUGAAACCAAUAGCAAUAAUACAUAUCAUAAGGCAAUGGAAUUUUGUAAUUAAAUUAAAUUAAAUUAAACUGGUAAAACAACAUUUAAUUUGUUUUAUUUUAUGUUUUUCUCUUCUAAAGGAAAAGAUAGAGUCUUGGUUAGUUUCAGCCAAACUAAAUCUUGACAAAAAAUCCCAGAAGACGGCUGUUGUUCUUUCCUCUGAAGUCAUUAUGAAAAUAUUAUCUUCAACAUCAGACCUCACAAAACCAUGUGAAUAUUUGCUGGCAACAGGCAAUCUGCGCUCUAAAACAGGUGAGUUUCACGUAAGAGAACAUAUUUCUACUCAAAAAGGUAUUGUUCCAUUACCAGGAAUUUAAAAUUUGUACUUUCGUUCCUAAUUACUGUUCUAAUUCAGACACAUCAGUUAAUCAGGCCAUGCCACUGUGGCUUUUUCAUCCUAUAUAUUUUUGGCUUAAAGAUGAACUGUCACUUACCAGGAUUUUAACAUUUCUUGUUUUUGCUUUAUUUAACAAAUAUGUAUUUGUAAGGUGUGAGCAAUUUAAUGUAGACAUCCACUACCAUUUAUUGUGCAACUGGGAUCAGUCAUUUUUAAGUUUUUAAUAGAAACAAAAAUCUUAAAGGGAAAGUUCUGUUCCAUCAGUACUAGUUAAGAAAAAAUGUUUAUUUGAAUUAAAAAUAUACAUUACAAGAUUAAUGUUGCAUGUCCUUUUAGCAACAGAAUAGUAUAUCCGGGUGUUUUUAAUUGUGACGUUUCAGUGAUAUUUUCCCCCCUCUAAUUAUUAUGCUUUCUGAUAAGCCCUUAGGAAGAUAAUUUUACUGUAUCAGCAUUGAAAGGGAUGUUUUUACUAUUAAAACCUUUGAAGGUCAGUGGGUUUCUGUUUUAUUUUUUAGGUCUUGGUAUGCUGCAGGCUUCUGGUCUGGCUGUUGUGGCUGACAAGUUAAACUUUAUUCGGUAUUUGUCCCACUUCCGCUGCGUACACAGAGGUGCCGCCUUUGCCAAAAUGAGAACAACCAGUGUAAGACGCCUGCUACCUGAAUCCUGGGGGUUCUUAUGCCCUGUGCACACACCUGAUGGCGAGCCUUGUGGAUUGAUGAAUCACAUGACAGCAGCUUGUGAGAUUGUGACACAGACGUCAUUCAGUACUUCCUUAUUACCUCUUCUCUGCUCUCUAGGUACUUUAAUCUUUUAAAAGUUUGACUAUUAUAUGUGAAACAGGGCUUAGAGUUUCCAUUCUGUUACUAGCAACUGGCUAGUAGAAAUUCACCCUGUUUUCUCCUUCUGCUACGAGACAAGCAACAUAGCCAUACUAUUGGCCCAAACUCUGGGGAGUGGGAGAAAAAAACCAUGUCCAUCCCCCAUGUCAUUACUACCUCCCACCUGAAAGCCAUGGGGGGUGAUGGAGUGAAGGGGAUGUUGCAUAUCCUCCCACCAACCUGUUUGUUUUAACACCCCCCAAAAAAUAAAAUAAUUACAAAUUAUCUGUACUGAAAUGAGAAUUGUUUUGUCCAAACCAACAUGUAUUUUUUUUUUUUUUUUUUAAUUUCUGUUAUUUAAAAAAAAAAUUUUUUUUUGGGAUGUACACAAGUCUACUGUUCAUUUUAUUUGUUCUUACUUGCAUUUGUGAAGUGUUGGCAGCAACACCUCAUUACAAGUUACUGAAAUAAACUCACAUAAAAAGAGAAAUGUUGGAGUUUCUCUUUGCUAUCAAUUUGCUAAAUACUCCAAAAGAACAAAGGAUGUGUUUGCAUAUAAUUGUCAGAUUAGUUUUAUUUUUACAUAAGUAAAAGGAUGUAUUUAUUGUGUUCUUUUAAACUCUCUUACAAACUAGAGUUAAUUACAAAAUGAUACCAGAAUAUAUGUUCUAUAUAUUUAUGUCUUUGUGUUUCACCUUUGAUCAGGUGUUACACCUGUGGAUGGUAUUCCGGGAAAGCCUUUUGUUGACUGCUACCAAGUCAUGUUAGAUGGCUCCAUGGUCGGUUGGAUAGAAAAAGACAUGGCUCCUAUCCUUGUCAACACUCUACGACGUUUUAAGGUAAUUUUUAUUAUAUGACUUAUUUACUCAGAAUGUAUGUGCAGCUAAAUGUACUCAAAUAAUUUGACAGAUCAAUGAAAAAAAAAUGCAGUUAGCUAGAUGGGGUUUUUCAGUUUUUCUAAGGAAACAGAGCAAACAACACCAUUACUACAGACAUUUAAGCUGCGGCAACCAACUGUGCAGAAAAGCGAAACCUGUUGUUUUUCGUUAUGAUUCUGAAUACCAUCUUUAUCUGUUACUCAAAUGACCUAUUAUUAUUGUUACACUGUUUCCCUACAACAGUGCAGGCCUAUUGCCAUAUUUUCUAAGAUUUAACUUGCGAAGGUGAUAAAUGUUAAUAUGCUCCCAAAGACAUUUUACCCUUAAACACUAUAAUGAGCUGUAGUGAUUAUAGUGCUUAGAAUGCAGCUUAUAAAUGUGUCUCAAAGUAUCUUUGGCUGGAGGUGGACAAAGUCAUUUAGGCAUCCUUUUCCUAACAAAGGACUUGUCAUUCCUUCAUCUUUUCCUAACAAUUUUAUAUUAAAUAUUCUUUGUCCUGUGUAGGUAACACAAGAACGUAAAAUACCACCCUGGACUGAGAUUGUGCUCAUACCAAUGACUGGUAAACCAAGCUUGUACCCAGGGCUCUAUAUUUUUACCUCUCCCUGCCGGAUGGUGCGUCCAGUCAGAAACUUGGCACUGGGAAAAGAAGAGCUAAUCGGUACUUUGGAACAGGUGUGUUAUAUGUGAUUGUUUAAAAUAAAUAAGUAAACCAUACUCCUAAGCUGGGCAUUGACAAACAUUUGGAACCCUGUGUAUUGGGACCGUUAGAAUAUUAUAGUUAAUGGUAAAUGAUUUUAUCUGGCUUAAACUUCUAGUGGAAAUCUAAAAAGCAAGUGAAAAAAACACAAGAAGGGGCAAAAAAACCCAAACCCUUCUAAAAUAUACUCAUGGUGGCAAAGUCUACAUCACAUAAAUGUAAAUUAAUCCAAACACUGUGUAAAUCAAAGCACUUUUUUGGGGGGGAUUCAGUCAUAUUUAAGGACAUAAACCCUUAAAGGACCACUAUAGUGCCAGGAAAACAUACUCGUUUUCCUGGCACUAUAGUGCCCUGAGGGUGCCCCCACCCUCAGGGUCCCCCUCCCGCCCGGCUCUGGAAAGGGGAAAGGGGUUAAAAACUUACCUUUUUCCAGCGCUGGGCGGAGAGCUCUCCUCCUUCUCUCCUCCUCUGCUCCUCCCCGUCGGCUGAAUGCGCACGCGCAAGAGCUUCGCGUCACAUAGGGAAAGCAUUAUAUGCUUUCCUAUGGGCGCUGGCGUGCUCUCACUGUGAAAAUCACAGUGAGAAGCACGCAAGCGCCUCUAGUGGCUGUCAAUGAGACAGCCACUAGAGGAAGGCUUAACCCAUUAAUAAACAUAGCAGUUUCUCUGAAACUGCUAUGUUUAUUAAAAAAUGGGUUAACCCUAGCUGGACCUGGCACCCAGACCACUUCAUUAAGCUGAAGUGGUCUGGGUGCCUAGAGUGGUCCUUUAAGUUGAGUGGACAACUCUGUAUAACUUUUAGGAUUCUUUUGUUGUUUUUCUCUAUAGCAACUUUACUGUUUUAUAAUGAUCUUUAUAAAAAAAAAAAUUCAAGAAUUUUUUAAUAAAGAGGAAAAUGUUUAUAAGAAUUACCAGCAGUAUUGCUUGGGUUAUGGGAUGUCAGAUUUUUUUUUUUAGAUUGCACAGUGCCUCCUUUGGAGCCUGGCUCAUUGGCUUCACUGUAAGCCCGUAACGUGCAGGGAUUGCUUAGAAGCUGGAACCGUCCACUGACCACUCAGCACGUCAGUGGUCUGCUGGGCUAGCUCAGUGCAAAGAGUGUCCAGGCUGCAGAGGAUGCAACUUCAAUACUUUACUUUGGGGUGUGUUAUGCCCAUCUAGCAUCCUAGCUACUAGAGGAGGUUAUGGGGGUCGUGGUAUUUGAAGAGUUCCAUUAAUCUACUGCAAUUCAUGAUCCUAUUAAAUUUCAAGGAGCAGUCUUGUAGAUGAACAUAUUAUGGGGGUUAAAGAGUCUGUCCUGUUUUGGUUUUAGUGCUGCCUGUUUCACAUAUGUCAGAUAUAUUGACCGCAACUAAGUUCACCGUUCUAUCCAUUUCAGGUUUUCAUGAACGUGGCUAUAUAUGAGGGAGAAAUUGUGCCUGGAGUUACCACUCACCAGGAGCUCUUUCCACACAGUAUGAUGAGUGUGGUAGCAAACUUCAUCCCUUAUUCAGACCACAACCAGAGCCCCAGGAAUAUGUACCAGUGCCAGAUGGGUAAGUUGAUCAGAUUUUCCUAUGGACUGUAUGAUACGAAGUAAUCAUAAGCAUGUUUAAAUAGAACACUUCACAAUAAGAGCUAUUUUAAUUAUUUGGGAGAGACAUAAACAACAUAACUUGUAACAAUGCACUGGACAAACCUUUGACCUGCAAAAGCCUAAUCUCUCUACAUUACCAGGAGUGAGAUUUCUGCCCCCUGAGGAACCACAAGGGAAAACUGUAAUAUUUUGGUUUGAAGUGUCAAGUUUUUUUUAAGGACACGUUGGAAAUCGUGACAAUUUCGAUGCACAUUUUUACAAUAAAUUAGCAAAGACCACCACCAUAAACAUAUAGGUGUUGUCUUAGCUUACAAUGCAUUUUAUUAGAACUCACCAUAUUUAAAACAAACACUACUAAUAAUACACUUUUCUUAUUGGCAGGAAAACAAACCAUGGGGUUUCCUCUUAUGACUUUCCAGGACCGCUCUGAUAAUAAGCUGUAUCGUCUUCAGACCCCUCAGAGCCCACUUGUACGACCAUCAAUGUACGAUUACUAUGAGAUGGAUAACUAUCCUAUUGGCACAAAUGCUAUUGUAGCCGUCAUUUCCUAUACAGGUUAUGACAUGGAGGACGCUAUGGUAAGUUAGCUGACUUAGUUCUGUUUCCUGGAAACAAGCAUUAGCCUGGUAGAAUGUCUAGUUUAAUUCUCUAAUCAACAAUUGCAGAAGAAAUAUGGGAACAAAGUUUAUGAUGAAGAGUAUCCCAGUCCUGCAACCUCUACAAAUCCACGCUCUAAGAUAGUCUUGAGCACUAAUUAAAAGGCACUCAAAGCUAUCUGUAGACCACAAUGAUACCGGCUUGGGGCCAGAUAAUGGCUCCUUUUCCAUCUUUCACCACAAUAGCAGCCAGUUGAAGAACAAUCACAAAGCUCAGGUGAUGCCAAGUCUCCUAGGCCCCUAUGAGUUCUUUAAAAGGGUUGUAGAGAUGCCCAGUCUCCUCUUGCUCUAUAAGAGGAUCCAGGAAAUGCCCGGUCUAGGCCCAUAUAACUAAAUGGGCAUUUCUUUUCAGUGCUUUACUUUGCUAACUUUUUUUCCUCUCUAUUUGUAUGAUCACUGAAUUUUGCUGACAAUAUGUGUUUUGUUCUACAGAUAUUAAACAAGUCUUCGUGGGAAAGAGGAUUUGCCCAUGGAAGUGUCUAUAAGACAGAUUUUAUUGACCUCUCUAAAAAAAUUAAGGAUGGAGAAGACAAUUUAGUUUUUGGGACCAAAGCGGAUGAUGAAAGAGCAAAGGACAAACUAGACGGGGAUGGUCUUCCCCCUGUAGGCUCUGUGCUGCAGUUUGGAGAUCCAUACUAUGGUUAUCUCAACCUGAAUACGGGGGAAAACUUUGUCAUCUAUUACAAGUAGGAAUUUCAUUGGAUAGUUCACUUUAUAUCAGUAAAAUGUACUGUUUUAGAAUAAUGGAGCUUAUGUGUGCAGAUAAAUUUAAACUGACGGAAUUCCAUUUAUUUCCAUUGCAUCUGAAAGAGAUGUUGCAUUAUUUUCAUUACUCCACAUAAUGCAUGCGUCACACUCUUUUUGAUAGCAUAUGUCAUUACUAUGAUAAUAAAUGUUUUUAUAAUUUAAUGCAUUGGAUAACUGUCUGUCAUGUGUGUGAGCCAGUGGCAAUUUUACAGUGAAUUGUACAUAGUAUACACUCAGUAGUUAAUGCACUAAACAUAGAAUUGUAGCAAAUUAAAUUCCAAAUUGUAAAAUUAAGGUGAACUAUCUAAGCUGUCAAAUCUGCUAUUUCCCCCUCUGUUUUGCAGUUUAUAGUUCAAUUCAUUAUAAUAGGGAGUUUAAUGACCAAUAUGUUCACUUGCAGGCGACUGUGUGACUUUAAAUGAUGUGGCUUUAACAUAUAUGUAACAGAUUUUUUUCCUGUACCCAGCUAUAGAUAUUCAGAAUAUACCAUCAUUACAAUUUUAAAUUCAAUAAAGAUCUAGAAUGUUUAUUACUAGUUUAGUUACAUGUAGUCUAUACAUAUUCAUAUUUGUGUGUCCUUUUCCCCCCCCCCGUUAAAUAUAAUUUAAGAAUAUUUCUCAAAGUACAACUCAAAGAAACAGUAAAAGUGGGUUAUAACAUUUAACUUCUGCUAAAUAAAACUUGUUUAUCUGCUUUGUUUUAGGAGCAAAGAGAACUGUAUUGUUGAUAACAUCAAAGUGUGCAGCAAUGACAUUGGCCUUGGAAAAUUUAAGUGUGUCUGCAUCACCAUGAGAGUUCCCCGCAAUCCCACUAUUGGAGAUAAGUUUGCAAGCCGGCAUGGCCAGAAGGGUAUUCUUAGUAGGCUGUGGCCAGCUGAGGAUAUGCCAUUUACGGAGAGUGGGAUGGUUCCAGACAUUUUGUUCAAUCCACAUGGUUUCCCAUCCAGAAUGACCAUCGGGAUGCUGAUUGAGAGCAUGGCGGGCAAGUCUGCGGCACUGCAUGGGCUUUGCCAUGAUGCUACGCCUUUUACUUUCUCCGAAGAGAACUCUGCUCUAGAAUAUUUUGGUGAGAUGCUGAAAGCUGGUGGUUACAACUUCUAUGGCACGGAGAGACUCUACAGUGGCAUUAGUGGCUUGGAGUUGGAGGCAGACAUUUUCAUUGGUGUUGUAUAUUACCAACGUCUGCGUCACAUGGUUUCAGACAAAUUCCAAGUCAGGACAACUGGGGCUAGGGAUAAAGUGACAAAUCAGCCUGUAGGUGGCAGGAAUAUCCAAGGAGGCAUUCGUUUUGGAGAAAUGGAACGGGAUGCCCUACUGGCUCAUGGAACUUCUUUCCUGCUUCAUGACAGACUCUUCAAUUGUUCUGAUAGAUCAGUGGCACAUGUGUGUGUGGAAUGUGGUAGCUUACUGUCUCCUUUCCUUGAAAAGCCUCCUCCGUCCUGGUCAGCAAUGCGAAAUAGGCAACAUUACUGUGCAUUCUGUAAUCAAACUGAUACAAUUGACACUAUAUCUGUGCCUUAUGUGUUCCGCUAUUUUGUAGCAGAAUUGGCUGCCAUGAACAUUAAUGUGAAAUUGAACGUGCGCUAGUAUGCUGGUGUUUUUUGUCUUCUAAAUCAAGAGAGAUAUCAAUGUGCCUUCUGGAUUUUUGUCCCUGUGUAUAAAUAUUGUGAAUAACACCUUUUCAUUUACUUGAUAUCUUAAUUUUAUUAGAUCUUUUUUUUUUAACAAACAACUUCUGUUGUCCUCUUCAUUAAAGUUAAAAAUACAUUGUACAUAUGGUAAGACAGCGGUUCCCAAACUGUGUGCUGGGGCACCGCGACGGGCACGCAGCCGCAACUUAUUUUCCCCAGUGCUAUGAUUAUAGCAUUGGGAACUGUGCUCUCCCCUGCCGGUUCUGCAGGACCAAGCAGUGUAAUGCUGCAGCCAGCAGGAAGAGAGGACUCGGGGAGCUCUAACCUUUAGCUCCACCAGGUUCUCCUCUCGCGAGCAACGCUUGUGUCAUGCAUUUAAAUUUGUCUUGCAAGCUCCUUUAUUACAAAUUUUCAAGUAAGCAAAUAAUGCAGGUUGUUUUUGUGCCGUGGAAAACAACACAUAAAUGCGUAUUCAUCGCUAGUACUGAAACCCCUUACAAUAAAACAAUGUUUGUAUACUUUUGUGCGUUGAAUUAAACCUGCUCCAUAAAGCUCUACUUACUAUCCCCCUUGUGGACUAGUUAUCAUUCUGCAGGGCAUACAUUUCAGUGCUAGAUGCUAAUUUAGUCCCUCUGCAUAUCUACAGAGGGAUGAUGCAUUACAGAACCCCCUUCCAUAUGACAGUAGGAUAACCUUCAAGGCUAGUUGCAUAGGAGAGUGGUAGAAUAUCUGAGUAGACUUUCAGUAUCCAGUAAGCUUUUUAUAGUAUGGAUACUUGUGCUAACUGUACAUAUCCACCACUCUUACCUACGGUCCAUGCCGCCGGUACUGCAUUGUUGCUUCCUCUGUUGGUCCCCUGCACUGCUAGGAAGUUUAAUCACUUCCUUCCAGAACAGCGAGCGCUUGGAGCAACAGUCAUCAUUGCUGUGGGCCUUAUUCGGGAGCUCCGCGUACCAUAUGUUUGACAGCC